AUGAAGAUCCUCCAGCUUUUGGAGCCACUGGAUGGAGCCGGACCAGUCCAAACGUCUUGUGGAGUCUGGAUUUGCGCUCUAAUCUGCAGUGUGGCCUCAAUAAAUUCGUCACACGCAUCAAUUGGUAUCCGUUGUUUCCAUUACUGCCGUGAAACUUGCAGUCAAGAUGAGCUAGCUUUGGAGCCUGACGAUGAAGCGAGAGUCGCAAAAUCGGACUGCAUCUACAAUUGGGUGCCUUCAGUUGUAAACUCCAUAGUAGACGUUCUAGAUCAAAAGGAAUUUGGCUUCCAACGAGGCGUAGUACUGUACGAUUGGGCGAUUUUGAGGCCUGUACAGUACGGCUCACGAACUCGGUACGUUCGUACUGAACACGUGACUGUUACGGUUCACUUUGUACGGACCGUAGUACGGCCCGUUGGAAGCCCUGACUGGGGCCCGUCAUUAUUUGAGAUACGUCUUUAUGCAUUGAAAACUCAAGAAUUGAUCUUCCUACCCCUCACUCUUCAGAGACCACCUACAAUUUGCUAUGCAAAAAUGGCAUCAACCUUUGAGGAGGCUGAUCUAAAUCCGGCCAUCAUAGUAUUAAUGGUGGAAUGGAGGAAUGUUGAGGUCGAGGAUUUCAUCCGCUUCUGCGAAUAUGCCUACCGCAGAGACUAUACAGUUCCUCCGUGGGAAGAACUCCCACCUGAACCGAGCUCUCUGUCGGUCAAAAAGAAGGUGAAGAAAGCUGUUCCUGAACCAGGGCUUGAUACGCAACUAGCACCUGAGCAACCAGGAUCUGUUCUGGAAUUAGGGCAAGACAGCGCCAGAGCGCCCUCUCUGAUCCUGCAGCACUUUGAACCCAAACUGAACAAUGCCAUACACCAAAACUUCACGCCACUGCACAAGACACUUAUGGACUUUAAGUUGUACACAAAGCGCGUUGGAGACAUUAUUGAACUCACGAGGUAUGCGUACUUGAACCUAGAUCUGCCGGAUAGAAGCCAUGAUGGAACUCUCGACGACAUGAGGAAACUAGUGGUUGAGUAUAUCGUGUGCGAGAUUGACACAAUUGGAAAAUGUGAUGAAUUUGGAUUUCUGGAGAAUGGCAAGGGAUUAUGUGGCUUGAUGAUAUAUGAUAGUUUUCCGCGUCGCUGGAUUAUUCAACUUGACAUUUAG